AUGAGGCUUCUCUGUCUGCUGCUGCUGGUCUGCUUGGCUGGUUGUUGUGCUUCCAGAUCAAGAGACUGGGCUCGUGACGGUGCCUCCAUGUUUGCCGACCUCACUGUGCCUGAAUUGAAAGCUGUCCAGGCCUACCUGCAUGGUAUUCCAGAGCUGGAGCUCACCGACGCUCAUAGCAAGACUCUGAAGAAGAACAUCAUCUUACUGAUAGAACUCCAUCUGCCAAGGAAGCAUGAAGCCCUGAGAGCUCUAGACCAUGGACAGGCCAAACCUCCACGUCAAGCCCGUGUGAUCAUCCAGUUUGGGAAUCAGACCAGGCCCAACAUCACUCAUGGGCCAAAACUUGUGGAGCCCCAGGGGCCUCGUUACAACGUUGAUCGCAAUUUUGUAGAAUAUGCUGGAUGGUCCUUCGCCUACCGAGUUCGCUCAUCAGCUGGACUUGAAGUCUUUGAUGUCCGUUUUAACGGAGAAAGGAUUGCCUAUGAGAUCAGCAUCCAAGAAGCUGUUGCCUUCUAUGCUGGUGAUACUCCCACUGCAAUGCAAACAAAGUUCAUCGAUUCUGGCUGGGCAAUGGGCAGCUCAAACUAUGAGCUGGCGCCUGGAAUCGACUGUCCAGAAUUUGCCACCUUUGUUGACCUUUACCACUACUUUGACACGGACAAACCCGUGCAAUACAAAAAUGCACUCUGUAUUUUUGAGAUGACAACUGCUAUGCCUCUGAGAAGACAUUUCAACUCCAACCCUGGGGGGGGAUAUGACUAUUAUGGAGGGCUGGAAAACACAGUGCUGGUAAUGCGAACAACCUCGACGGUUUACAACUAUGAUUACAUCUGGGACUUCCUCUUCUACCAGAAUGGAGUGGUGGAAGUAAAGGCCAGCGCCACUGGAUACAUUCACGCCACUUUCUUUACACCUAACGGACUUCACUUUGGUACCAAGGUGCAUAAUUAUGUGCUGGGUAACCUGCACACACACCUCAUCCAUUACAAAGUGGACCUGGAUAUUGUUGGUCGAGAGAACAGCUUUGAGACAGUGGAUCUGAAAUUUGUCAACUUCACAAAUCCCUGGAGCCCAAAGAAUUUCAUCGUCCAGUCUAAACUCCACAGGACUGAGCACAAGACCGAGCGAUCUGCUGCUUUCAGUUUUGGUGAACAGUUCCCUCGCUAUGUGCAUUUUAACAACCCCAAUAAGAAAAAUAAAUGGGGGCAGCAGAGGGGCUAUCGUAUUCAGUACAACUCACAUGCCGACAGUGUCCUUCCAAGAGGCUGGAGAGAGGAAAAUGGCAUCAGUUGGUCAAGGUAUCCUCUGGCUGUGACUCGUCAUAAAGACAGUGAAGCCACCAGCAGCAGCAUUUAUGCCCAGAAUAACCCCUGGGAACCCGUUGUGUCCUUUGAGGACUACAUCAGCAACAAUGAAAACAUAGUCAACCAGGACCUGGUGGCCUGGGUGACAGUCGGCUUCCUGCAUGUGCCUCACUCAGAAGACAUCCCCAACACGACAACACCCGGUAACGCAGUGGGCUUCUUGCUCCGACCCUUCAACUUCUUCAAAGAAGACCCUUCAGUGGCGUCCAGAAGCACCGUCAUCGUCCGGCCGGGAAAGGACAACAAGCUCAAGAUCCAGAGAUGGACACCAGAGGUCAUAGGUCACUGUGUGACAGACAAGCCAUUCUUUUACAAUGGCACCUAUGCAGAAGUCUAGUUUUGUUUUUUGUUUCCCCAUAAGGAUUUUAGCACAAAUGCAAUGUUUGCUUCAUUCCAGAGUGAAGAUCUCAGAUUAAUGACAAUGACUGUUGU